AUUCCAUCCCUGACCCGGUUUAUUCAAAACCCUAAUUUACAAAGAAAAAUCUUCACCUUUCUUCUUCUUCGAAAAACCCUGAGACUCACACUCCUACAAUGGCCAUGGGUGGAAAACGGAAGAGGAACCAGGAUUCCGAUGGCGAAGAAGAAUCCUCCAAAAGAAAAACCAAAACCGAAACGAAGGAAACCAAGGAGCCAUUCCGUCCUUCCAUGAUCAAAAACAAGGAAAAGAGAUCCGAAGUUCAUGCUAAGCUUAAGCAUCAGAAAAAGCUCGAAAAACGAGCCAAAUCGAAAGCCCGCGAUGCUGCUGUCAAGAGAGCUAUCGAGCUCGGCGAAGAGCUUCCAGAGAAGAAGGUGCCUCGUACCAUUGAGAAUACAAGGGAAGUAGAUGAGACUGUUUGCAAGCCUGAUGAUGAAGAGCUAUUUGCUGGAAAUGAUGCUGAUGAAUUUAGUUCAAUUUUAAAUCGGCAACAUGAUCCCAAGAUAUUAAUCACCACUUGUCGCUUCAAUUCUACAAGGGCUCCUGCUUUUAUAUCAGAGUUGCUUCAGAUUAUACCAAAUGCACAUUACUUCAAGAGAGGAACCUAUGAUUUAAAAAAGAUUGUAGAAUAUGCAAAUAAAAAGGACUUCACAUCUAUUGUAGUUGUACACACCAAUCGUAGGGAACCAAAUGCUCUCAUAAUUAUAGGCUUACCUGACGGACCUACUGCUCAUUUCAAACUCACCAAUCUUGUUUUACGCAAGGAUAUUAAGAAUCAUGGAACCCCAACUAGUCACAGGCCUGAGCUUGUUCUGAACAACUUCACAACACGUCUAGGGCAUCGAGUUGGAAGAAUGAUUCAGUCCCUUUUCCCGCAAAAUCCAGAGUUUAAAGGCCGACGUGUAGUCACAUUCCACAACCAGAGGGACUUUGUAUUCUUCCGGCAUCAUCGGUAUAUUUUUGAGAAAAAAGAAAUUAAAAAGAUCGAGUCUAAAGGUAAAAAGGAUGAAGAUGGCGAGAGUGAGAAAAUUCCUGACCAUAAAACAAUUGCCCGGCUUCAGGAAUGUGGUCCUCGUUUCACAUUGAAAUUAGUUAGCCUGCAGCAUGGAACAUUUGACACCAAAGGUGGAGAGUAUGAGUGGGUUCACAAGCCGGAAAUGGACACAAGUCGAAGGAGGUUCUUCUUGUGACCUUGUCUUGGAACUCUGCAUUUUGGAUGGUGGUUUCUGCUCUGGAAUAGGGUUAAUCUGCCGAAGAGGGUUGGUUAUGUUAAAGUUGUUCGAAUCUUUGAAGAUAUUUCUAAUACAUGUUGGUUAUUUUUUGUUCUUAUUUUUGGACUGAAUUCCUACUCAUCUUUGUAUGAUCAAUUUUGACCUCAAUUUUGUUGUAUGAUAGUUGGAGGAAAGAUAACGAAUUCACACCAUGCUUAUAACUGGAACUUGAUAUCUAUACUUAAAUUUCAUUCAUGAAAGUCUUCAUUCUUUUGAUUCA